AUGGGAGCAGACCUGGGCUGGGACGUUGCGGCAUUCGCCGGCCUCGCCGGCAGUUCUUUGGGCCUGUUCGUCUUUGCCAGCCAGCGCACAGCCGGAUUGCGUUUUUCGCUCUUUCUAUUGGACCAAAACUACGGGCCGCCGACCCAUCGUUAUGGUCCGCGUGCAUUUCAUCACGGACUUUUCCAGUCCCUCGCAUCGCUGUCGAUUCGGUGGAGCGUUCAUGUGGCCUUACAGAGCCCGUGGCCGUUCAUGUGCCCUUACAGAGCCCGUGGCCGUUCAUGUGGCCUUACAGAAGCCAUGGCCAUUCCGCCUUCCCCGACGCCCUUUCGCUUGUUUCACACAACCGGCUUCGGCCACUUUGGCUGCAUCUUCAUCAACUCCUGCAUCGCACCUCUCGCAUUUCAAGUCCUUUCAGCUACGUGCACGUUUCCCAGUCUCGUCCGCAGUUCGUUGGGUCUGUUCGUCUUUGCCAGCCAGCGCACAGCCGACGUACAGGCCGCGCUCCGUCGCCCUUCCGAUUCAGCCCGCAAGGUCCACUCCCCUUCAAGCAUCCGGAUUGUACGCACAGCCGCCAAGCCGCCCGUCAACAUUGCUGACCUGUGGGCGCAAUUAGCAGCUGUCAUGCAGCUGUGGAUUGCGGCUGCCGGCAGCCUGCGCGUGGAGACAGCCAUAGCCCUCAUCUACGAUUACGGCAUGGACGCCGGCACCGUCCUGAAAGCGGACCAAGAGUUCGCGCACUCGGUGCUGGCCGCCGCUCAGCAGGAGGAUGCCCGCCGCUACCAACCCUUCCGAGACCACUUCACCCUGACAUGCCUCAUGUCCACCGCCAAUCCUGCACUCGCCGACAAGAUGGAGGCCCUCUACAUCGCGCAGUACAAGUGCCAGGGGCCGGACGGCUACAAUGUACUGCACGGGCCGCCUUCCGCCAGCCAGCACCGCGGUGGUCCAAGACGACGUCGCCCGAGCCACGCUUGCCAGGCCGACACAGCAACUGGGCACUUGACGGAUGGUGUCCGACGAUUUCCGCGCUAG